AACAUACGGUCACGUGACCAAGGGGAAACAGACACUGCGGAACCUGGAGUCUGUGCACAGGCGAGAGAAUUCACUUGGUAAACUUCAAACUGACGGUGAAACAUGCACUUCUUCAUGUUUGUCCUCGGCCUGUUACCAUGGAUCCCAGCCUUCCUCUGCGGUGUAACCACUGGGAAAGAGCUCACAGUCAUGGAGGGUCAAUCCCUCACUAUCCCGUGUCAUUAUGAGCCUCAGUAUGCCAGCUAUGUAAAAUACUGGUGUCAGGGGAGAAUGAGGGAGUUCUGCACCAGCUUAGCUCGAACAGAUAAUCUCCAUUCAGCCAAUCCAGAGGACAAAGUGACCAUUUUUGACGAUCCGGUCCAGCUGGUGUUCACUGUGACCAUGAGCAACCUGAAGGAGGAGAACUCUGGAUGGUACAUGUGUGGCGUGGAGAUAGGCGGUGUGUGGAGCGCUGAUGUUGUGGCUUACACUUACAUCAAGGUUAUUCAUGGUAUUUCAGCGGUGAGCAGCCAACUGAGUGGGGAAGAAGGGAGUAGUGUCACAGUUGAAUGCAUCUACAGUGAGAGAUACAGAGAAAGUGAGAAGAAGUGGUGUCGGAGUGGAGACUGGAGCUCCUGUCUGCUGACGGGUUCUGACGGGAGCUACGAAGACACUUCAGUGGCCAUCAAUGAUGACAGAACUAGGACUUUCACUAUAACCUUAAAGAAGCUGCAGAUGCGAGAUACCGGCUGGUACUUGUGUUCUGCAGGACAGCAGCAGAUAUCCGUGCAUGUGCUGGUCACACCCCGACCCACAACUACAGCAGUGUCUGUGACUUUCCCACCUACAACAAAUCACUCUGCCAAAUACCUGCCUCCACCCAAACCCAUCACCAAGGAGUCCUGGAACAAUUACAGUCACAUCUGGGAGCCUUUGAUGGUAUGUGCUUCUGUAAUGGUCUUUGUGGGCUUGGCCAUGUUGGCGAAAAGGUUGUGGAAAUUGCACAAGCAGGAUCCUGUGCUGGAGACGAAAGCAAGGCUCAAUAAGUAUUCAGGGGGUGACCUGCAAAACACUGCUGUCGUUUUCAUUAACAAGGAUUCCCAGGAUGUACAUAUGUACAGAGCUUAGUCAGUGCAAUUUUUAUUGUUACUCUUCAUAAAUGAAUGUAAUUUCUUUCGUUUUGUCCAUGCAGCACAUGCUUUAUUUCAAGUUUCUUUAAUAUGUUAUAUAGAACCACAUUUUAAGCAAUGUACGCUGUUUUCUGCUUGCUUCUUUCUAUAUGCAACUGGUAUAGGAGAAGAGUGCACCUCUCAUGUAAGGCAAAUUUACCAACAUACAAUCACGUGAUCUUCUGUUUAAUUUGGGCAAAAGCAGCGUCAUGAUUACCACUAAGGACAUUGAGGCAGGGCUGGACUAUAUGGACAAAAAUGUUAGCAUGAUAAAAAGUUUCAUAUCUUUCGAUAUCGAUAAUUAUCAUGAUAAGUAUCAAAAGCUUAUGGUUAAUUGUGGUUUAAACUCUUCAUUAUGGUCAACACUUGAGGCCAAACAGUGGAUCACUCCACCAUUUCAAUAAAACUUGCAGAAAAUAUACUUCAACAGCUAAUUCAAUAAAUAAUAUUUACAAAAUGUUUUCUUUUGGUCUCUUUGGGGUUUGUUGGGGGGCCAUCAACUCUUGACCUCAGAAGUCUUUAUUUAAAAUAUUACAGCCCUGCUCAGAAUCCCUCAUAUUUUACAGUAUGUAUUGGAUUGGAUUUUAAUUAUGUGAACAAUUAACACCAAUCAUGCUGCUCAAGAAACAAUAUACCCUUCUGGUCUAAUGACGUCCGUGGUCAAGGACAUCCACUACCCCUUGUUUAGAGAUGACACUGGGCUCUGUUAAAGAUGGAGUUAGACGAGAUGGUGGGCAUUGUGACUGUUUGUUGCUUCCAACUGAAGAAAUAAGUCCAGUGUGAAUGAAUAAUAAGUGCAAGAUGGUAAAUCUUGUCUGCAUGGAAAGCCCAUGGGACUGACAGAAGUACAUUUUCAGUUUUCUUUUUCUACAGUAUUUUAGCAGAACUAGAUUGGAGUGUUAUUUCAUAACAAGAUAAUGAGAUGGCUAAUUACCACAUUUAUGAAUGGAUACAGUCUGUUUGACCGGGAACUUGUGGAAGCAAAUUCAGAAAACAUGAACAUUCUUAUGAGACAUACUUAUUCUUAAGAAAGGAGUGAGAAAAUGAAGACAGAAACCAUUAGAAGUUCACAAAUUAACUGAGAGAGAACAGCUCUACAUUUCAUGCUUGAAUUGUCUGUUCUCAUACUGAACCUCAAACAACAUGUUAGAAUUGUAAAUUGAACAAGCUAAUGAGACGGCCAAAACCAACAGCUUUGGAGCCAACUAGAGCUGGAAACUCUUAAUUAUAACUUUGUCAUACCUUCAUGUGAGGAAAGGCCAUUCUGUUGUUUGCAAUACUUGUUAUUUGGAAAAAUAAAAUUUCAAAUAUUCCUUAGUGGUAACAUGUAAUGUUUUUUUGUGGCUGUAAAAUAUUGUCUUUCCUGUGCAUAGUACUGACAUUGUUUUAAUUGGAUGUAAUAUUUGUCUUUAUCAUGGCCACAUACAUGAUAUUUAAGAAAAUUAAAGUAUAAAUAAAAGUA